AUGGCUCCCAUCCCGGAGGCCUAUUUCCCGUCCCUGGACAAGUGCUUCUCCGGGGACGCUCAGCUCUUGUCCUGGAAGAAUGCAUUUCUCUAUACAAAUGACGCCGAAUGCCAGACCGACGAUGCAGACAAUGUCGCCGCCUUCCUUUCCCACCCCGACAGUACUCUGCAACUAUCCCAGAGUCUGAGCCCUUUCUCCCGCCCUUCCGCGAAAUCUAAGUCUGAAUUCGAGUCCAAGACCGCCGCAAUCCAUGCCGAGACGAAUUCGAAAAGUUCAUUCGACCUGAAGGAGAUUAAGGCGGAUGCGCAAUGGCUCAGUCAGACCGCCAAUAUCGACGAGAUCACUGCUCUGCGCAUCGCCAUCCUCGAAUGGCAGGAUCGCCCGGCCGCACGUCUCACAGAAAAGUUCUCCAAUGAGGAGGCUACGAGUCUGCAAAGUGCGGCGGGUGUCGACAACCUGCGCAUUUCGGUUGCUGGUCCGAACCUAGCCAGUAUCUUGAGGCAGACAGGCGGUGAUGACGACACAUCUCCCUUCGACACGGAAACAAACCGGCGCUUGCGACUACGCAAUAUUUACAUCUCCGAACGCGGUCAUACUUUAAAGACCUUCCGCAAGCUGCUGGUUCUAUCCCUUCACGAUCGUACAAGCGACUCACACAACUCUGAUGGGCCUGGCACUGCGCGCAAGCUUGCGUUGUCCAAGCUAGGCGUGUCUUUGUUCAAAGACAAAGCAUCUGGUGAUGAAUUGAAGCGAUUUUUGGAAGAAUGUAUUGCUGGCAUUCGAAGGCGCCUAAAGGACGUGGCCGCAGAUGGCGGUUGGCUGGGUGCUUCUGAAAGUAACCAAGAAACAGAAGCGGCCUGGAAGACUACAUUAGUCGAGGAGAUUGUACAUAUCCUCCAGCUGAUGUUUCAUUCUCUUCAUCAAUCAACGGAAGUGCCCUGUGGAAUCCUUGUGGAGUCCUGGCUGGAGCUCAUGGCGGAGUAUGACUUUCUGGAGUAUUUGCAAGUGCCUUGCGAGCAGCCUAAGGAGCUGUUGUUGCCACUCCAAUCUUUUGUGUCACUCACCACCUUGGCCUUUUUGAAAGUUUACUAUGUGAUUGAAUCCAUCAUGGAUGAGAACACACCCCCAGUCAUCUCUUGUGGAAAGGAUGCAUACUUCCUCUCCAAAGAAAGGAUACCUAGAAUAACAGAGAUCCUUCUCAACGCCUGCACGACGAAGAUGGUCACUGCUAACCCAGCCGCAUUCUCCUGGGGUUUGAUACUUUACACUUUGCAACAAUUAGCUUCUAGAGAGCAACAAGUUCGAGAGAUGAAGCAACUGAAUAAUGCUGUGGAAUCUUUCCAGGCGCGUACUGCAGGGCCGUCUGGGGGGUCUGAGCCGUCUCUUUAUGAAGAUUUGAUUGACUGUGCUCGACCACCGCAUAUGAAUGAGGAGCAUGACCCUCUGCUUUAUCUGACCUCCGAUCAGGUCAGAGAUUUGGCCUUCAGCACAAUCAUCACACUAUCUGCCAAAGUGGGAUCUAUGUCAGCAAUCGACGAUGGUUUAACAUAUCGUUGGACACGUCUGGCUCUGCUUGAUCUUGUUCGUGGGACGAUCAAAUACACCGACUACUCCCCGGAGAUUGUGGAGGCUCUGCUGGCAAUUCUCAGUGGUACAUCAAAUUCGUCGCCCUGCCCUUCAGAAGACUCGCUUAGUUCUGCCAGUGAACCAAAGUCGGUCUUUGCGAAUUCAGACCUUAUGAAUGAAAUCUUCCGCGUCUCACGUUCCAGAUUUCCGUACGAAACAGUCCCAUUUCUGAAGCUUUGCCGUGCACUCGUGAGUCCGCACCUGGUCAAUGAGGAUGGCCUACCCCGAAUUGUCGAAGAACUUGAGAGUAUCAGUACCUUCACGCAGGCAGUCACGCCAGACUUCCAGGGGUACGAGACGAUUCGAGAAGAUGAGAAUGCCAACCUCGUGUCCCUGACACAAGCACUUCCAAUGUUCGAUUUUCUUUCUCACGGUCGUCUUCUCGGUAAUGAGCCGAAUAAUGCUCUUGUGGUACACGGGUCCUCGGAGAUUCCAGCCUCGGCCAUUGGACAAGUUAUCUCUGAGUCGAGACCAGCCGUGAUUAUGUGGCAACAUGAGUAUUCGUGUCUGAGCUACUUGGGAAGCUGGCUAGAAGAGUGGAGUGAGAGUGGCGGCGACACCUCUGGCUGGGAUCCCGAGUGCGGUACCGAGAUAAUCGGUCUCCUAGCUGACCUUGUGGCUAGCUCACAAGAUGUCCGCACUCAUGACUCCCCAGGUACCAGCGCGAAGAGAAUUUUGGAAAUGGCAAGUGAUGGGCUGUCGCGCCAAGGUGACAUCAUCUCAGUGGUAUUGGAUAUUUUCGAGCGCAACCUACAAAAUGUUGGUUCACGUGGUGGUGCUAUGGAGGCAUUAGAUCUACUUAUGGUCUGCAUGCAAUUCAUCCAAGAGGUCCUUCAUGUUCUUCCCAACAGGAUCUGGCCAUUUUUGAGCCGCAGCAGCUUCAUCGGGUCAGACGGCAAAGGCGGAGUAUUAGCUGCGAUCAUUUCGGCAGUGGAAAUCCCCGCCGGGGAGUAUCCAUUCCUUCUCAGCUCCCUGCGCUUGUUCGAGGCCGCUGUCGAUGAUGCUGUCUCACGCGCAGUACUUCGUAAAUGCCCUGGUAGUGUCUCGGGCAAAUCGACAAUCGCAUCGGACUGGAGUGCUGGCAUCCCCUCCCACGUUAUGAGAACCAUUUUGCUGAAUUUCACUCGGACGAUGGUCGAGAUCUUUAACAGCAACGGUAACUGGAGAUUCGACUUCCCUGAGCAACAGUUCAGAGUUAGCGCUGGUCUCGCCAAGGUUUUCGAUCGUAUCCUCUACUACGUCUACGGAAUCAGUGAUUCUACGAAACUCGAAUCAAAAAUCACUGGCGUGUUUUCUGAAUCUGCAGUCUACAUUUUGGAUAUGCUGCGGCCUCGUUCAGCCACUGACUUACCUUUUAACGCUAUCUUCCGACUGAUCACCGAUGGUCUCCAAACCCCACCUACCCUUCACCUCCGUUAUCUUGACCUGGUUGUUGACCAGGUCAGCUCCACUCUCAAGCUGAGUGAUAGGCUUGUCCAGUCGGCACGACUUGCUGAGAAGCCCGCCUCACUCCUAGAGGAGCAAUUGUUCAAGGCGACCCCGGUUUUGACCAAACUUUACGCUCUUAACGAUGCCUACAAACUACCGGUCGUAUCGUUGUUGGACACCCUGGUCACGAGCGCUUCUUCAAACUCCGACAAGGAACCUCCCUCUCUUGUUGGUCAUCUUGGCGCAGAGUCAGCUUGUCUUUUCCUUGACGUGCUCGCCCAGCUCGAUAAGUCUCUAAACGACAAGCCUCUACUUCUUGCGAUCUGGCACUUGCUGUCGACCUUUGUCAGCAAACGUCAGCAAUGGUUGGCCGUUUUCAUUCUGACUGGCGCAUCUCCUCGCCAAACUCUGAAGAAGACGGACAACGGUGGUCCAAAGAUGAGAGGCGUGCCAUUCUUACAAAUUGCUCUUGAUAAACUCGCCAAUAUCGAAAAGGAAGAUCCUCAAGUGGCUUUGUCAUUACUUCGGUUUGUUUCUCGAGCCCAGGACAACUGGCCAUGGGCAUCGCCUCACUUGCAAAAACACACAGAAUUCUUCAACGGCAUAUUGCACUAUGUUUCAAAGCUGAAAAUUUCUGCUCUGCCUGUAUCCGAGCAAAUAUUCGCGACGCACAUUGCAGCCGUUGUUACAGAUAUCUAUAAGGCAACUCUCGAGCGAGGUCGGAAAUUUUUCGCCGACAUCAUCCCCCUGGUGCAAUGGCUAUCUAAGGAUGCCGUGGAGGUCUCGGCUUACAAUGCUUCUUUGCACGCCAACUUGAAUAAGAACUUCGAGAGGCGUUAUCCUGGCUGCAAAAUGACAGACUUCAAGAACUCGGCACUUCAGUUCCAUACGCUGGGACGUGAUUACUAUUACAACCUGGGUAUGGGACAACAGCUAUUAUCGUAUGACUUUGCUUGGGCGGGAAACCGAAAGCAAGGCUUCUCUGAGGAGUUUGAGAGAGCCAACAUCAACCUGUCCCUUGUUGAAGCGCAGAUGAAUCUUCUUAAAAGCUGGAAAUACUUCGCCGUUGAGCAUUGCCAAGACUUUAUGAGAGCUGGCCAAAUGGUACCGGUCUUGAUGGCACAGGUAGCACAAAAAUGCCUUGAAGCAAAUAGUCGAUCUGUCCCGCCAGAGGCCAUCUUCGCGCGAAUUCAGCAAAUUCGAGUUGAGUUUGCCCAGGCACUGACUCAAUGUCUGGUUGAGGAGGGAGCUAGAGGCGCUGAGGUGUUCCAUUUACUCGAAGUGGUUUGGAAAGCCCUGCGUUCUCGUCACACAACCUACGAGGCAGCCCUCGUUGGUGAUGACACGGAAUACUACCGCUCCCUUCUCAAUGUGCUCUUCUUAGCUCUUCAGUUCCACGUGGAUGUACCCCGACUUCAGAAUCAGCCAGAGGUCCUUACGAAGGCGGCUAAGGUCUCGUCCAACAUUCCGGUCAUUGUGGAGGUUGUCAAGACUGUUGUCGCACAAGGCUUCCGAUCCUUGACCUCAUACCUACACGACGAGCCGGAUAAGUGUACGCCAAAGGAUUUUGCGAUCAUCAUUGCCAUUCUCCAGACUUGUCUGCAAGUUAAGGACGCCGAUAGACUCUUUGAGUAUAUCACAUUCCACAUCCAAGACAACGAUACUGUCCGACACGCGACGACGCUCUUCUCCUGGGCAGAUCAACUCUCGAUCGCCGGUGACCCUGUCUACGGCGAGGUCAGUCUUUCGUUCCUUGUUAAGCUCUCCACUCUCCCCAUGCUAGCGGAACACCUUGCCGUGGAGGGAGUCCUAGGCAAGCUAUCGACUUGCCGUCUUACCAACAUCCUCCAACAACCUAAGGGAUUCGGACCUUUCGACCCUGUCUCUCGGCUGUACACUAUCUGGACCGGUGGCUUCCUCCCGCUGUGCCUCAACCUCCUUUUCAACGUUGUUCGUGCCGCCCCCGAAGUAUCGGCCUUCCUCAACCAAUUCGAAGGCCAGCUCAACCGUGCCGCAGAAGCCUUUUCCCACGGCCACGCCACCCCGCAAUCACAAUGGAUUAGUCUGAGCAUGGCAUCAGAGGCAUACUCACUAGCCCUGAUCUCCGUCGCUCUGGACCGCUUCCGUCAAGCCGGACCCAGCGCUGGUCUAGACCCACAGUCCAUCCAAGAACUCAAGUGGGACAGAUCACACGUCAAGGAUGAUAUUGAAGAACUGCUGAGUCGCCGCCCGUACCUGCGUGGCCGCAUCGUCGCCACUACCGAAAAGGAGGCCGAGAUGUCGCGACAGCCGCCGCUGGACAAGAAGCGAGAUGCUGAGAACCGACUGGAAGAAAAGAUCGUGAUUGAGUUGGAGGAUGUGCUGGCCUGUCUGAAUGGUGGUGAGGAAUGA